AUGGCUGCGGUAACUUCACGAACUUUAACUUACGCAUUUGAUUUGGUAAGAACAAGAAUGGCAGUUACUACCAAAAAUUAUUAUAGAUUGUUGGGAGAUGUACAUGAUUUACCCAUAUUACUAUAUUUAUUUACAUGGACAUAGUUUAGUUGAUUAUUUAUUUUGAACAAUUUUAGAGUAAUUAAACAUAAUCAACAAGGGGAAUAUAAUAUAAAUCAUGUUACAUAAAAUUAUUAUUAUAUUAAAAUAGGAAAUAAUAGUUGAAAACAAAAUAUGAAUAAUACAAAAUUACACAUUUAUUUAGGUGUUUAAACAGACCUAUCAAAUUGAAGGCAUCAAAGACUUUUACUGUGGUUAUGUUCCAACAAUAUUGGGCAUUAUACCAGUUUUUUAAACUAUUCUACAUUAAAGGUAUUUAUUAAAGGUAAAUAUUUAUAAUAUUGAAAAUGAUAUUGAAUAAAAUUAUUUUACUGUAAUAAAAUUGUUUCUUAAUACAGAAAAACAUGGAUAUGAAAAUGCAGUAGUGAAUUUAGCAUGUGGUGCAAUAGCAGGUAUGGCAGGUCAAUCAGGAUCUUACGUUUUAGAUAUUAUUAGAAGUAAGAUGCAAACAUCAGUAAAUACAGGACAAAAUUACAAAAACUUUCAAAUAACAAUCAUGAUAAUUUAUAAGUAAUGUAUUUUCAUAUAUUAUUAAUUAUAAUGAAAUAAUAAAUUGCAGUAUUGUAAAAUUAUAUAUUUAUUUUAGAACUGAAGGAAUUAAACAAGGUUUUUUUAAGGGCUUAAACAUGAAUCGGAUUAAAAGUCCAAUUACUACUGGAAUAAAUUUUGCUACAUAUGAUUGUGUAAGGGAAUUUUUAAAGAAAAUUUGAAAAUUUCUACUCAUUUUUUUUCAUAAUUAGUAAGUUAAUGAUGGAAAUAAUUAGUAGAUUACUUACAUCAAUGUAGUUUUUUAUCAUGCCAAUUUUAUCAUGUUACAUUAGAUAAUAUUUAUUUUGUUUGUUUAAAGCCAUUUAUUUUAUUAUAAUUGAUUUAUUUUUUUUUAAUAUAAAUAUAGUUUACAAGCGAUAAGCGCGUCAACAUUAAUGGCAGGAAUAAUGAUCCCACCGUUGCUGCAAUUUAUUGCCCACAAGAAAACAAGAAAACAGAUUGGAACCACUUUAAAACAAAUCUAGACGAAACCUUAACCCUCACAAUAAGACAAAGAACACCUAUUGAAAUUGAUAGUUCUGUUGAACAACUGACUAAUAACAUCGUGAAAGCGGCAACACCCAUAACACCAACAGGUGGUAAUCAUGAAAUUAUCUACCCAAUGGAAGUUAGGGAACUAGUAAAACAAAAACGAAAGGCACGGAAAAAAUGGUACCAAACGAGAGAUGCUUCGGAUAAAACCGUCUGGAAUUGCACUAGCAAACUUUUGCAUGACAAAAUUAAAAAAGUAAAAAACGAAACGUUCAAAUCAUACUUAAGUGAACUUUCUGCAACGAAUAACACUAAUUGUUCAUUAUGGAAGGCUACAAGAUGCAUGAAGAGUCCUAGAGCCUAUGUACCACCGAUUGGAAAGAUGGAAGAUGGAUCAUGGGCACGCUGUGAAAAAGAUAAAGCAGAUAUAUCUACGCACGCGAUUUAG